AUGCGCAGUUCACCUAACCAGGUCAGUUAGCCAAAGAAAACUCAUACCCUUAGUAUAGCAAAAAUUAAAGUAUUAGCUUGUUUGUUGACCAAUUUAGGUGCUCAAUUAAACGUUAAUGCUCAAGCUAAUUAAUCCUAAUUCUCUCAGAUGGCCCCUGGGGGUGUCGACUUCAAUCAGUUCCAACGCCAACCAUUUGGAGUUAAUAGCAAUGCUAUGCAGCAGCACAACUUACAGAGCCCUAAUGAAUAGUCUAAUUUCCAAAGAGGACUCCCAGGACACUCCCAACUUCCUUUCAAAUCCAAUCAAAUAUUCACGUAGAAUAAUCCUUCAAACCAAUAACAAUUCAUGAGCAGCAAGACUUCUCUUUCCCAAGGGUUUUUCAAUAGCUUUUAGUCUUAAUAACCACCUUAUAUGCCUCAAUAACAACCACCCAGCAACUUGAAUUUCCAUCCUGGAGCAGCAGCAGCAAAUAUGAUGGGAAACCCAGCUCCAUACAACAAUCUGAAUGAAAACUAAAUGCUUGCACCCUAAAACAACCAGCUGAGUCAGAAUGAAAACUUUCUGAAUUACUUCCAGAGCAUGAUUGGAAAUUAGAAUAAUAUCGCAAUCAUGAAUCAAAUGCAUCAUUAAUAGAUGUAUAACAUGUAAUAAUACUAAAUGCAAGGCACAGCCACUGGCCCAUCCAGACCUCACAAACAUUAAAAAAGGAACAAAAAUCCUAAAAAUGACUAUCAGUUCAACCCAAUGACUAAUCAUUUCAUAAAUGAGCUGAUAGGAUUCAAUCCAAAUGACUAUCAGCAAUUUGGAAAUGCUUAAGGGGCAAUGGACCAAUAGAUGCGCAGUUCAAGUAACAGCACUGAUAACUCAACAGAAGAACAGAGUUAGAAUUCAUCUUUCGAGCAGGAUUACCUGCUUACUAACGGCGGCCUGACGAAUGAAAGCCUUCAGAGUUUCAUUACAGAUUCUCCCUUCAGUUUCAGAAAUCCUAUCUUUUACUCUAUCCCUAGAGACCACACAACAAAUGCUAAGCAAGUAAACCCCAUAGUUUCAAAGCGCAGACUGUUCAAUGAUAAUGAGGAGGAACAAAAGCAAGCGCCUUAGACUCACCCUUAAGCUCGAAACUCAACAGUAAUCAUGAAUAACAAUGAUGUCCAGCUAAAUGCACAGCAAAAACAACAGUUCUUAAGAAUGCAAAGUCAGCAGGAACAAGUGAAGAGCGAUGUCCAACCUCCAAUUAAAAAUCAGCAAGAAGCAAUCAAGACAUUCUUCAGUAAGUCUAACUUCAUUCAAGGCAGUUAAGGACCCAACUAAAAUGGAGGUGCACCCACAGGAUUACCACCUAGACCUAAUUAGAUCCAACAUACUGAGACAACUUAAAAACUAUUUAGCUAAGUUCCAGGAUAGUUUAAGUCUAUAACUCCUAUGCCUAAACUUUAUGCCACAAGACAAUAGCAACCUGCUCCUCCCAAAAAGUUAGUAAUCACUGAAAAAAUGAGAGAAUAGCUGCAUUUAUUAAAGCAAGAAUUAGUUGAAACUCCGAUCUCGAGAAACAAGUACAAGAAUUUCCACCAGGAAUUCAAAGAUAUUGAGAAGAGGGGAUUCAGUGACUCUAUCAAGAUGGUAUUCGAGCGCAUCCUAGAGAUGCCAAAGAAAAUUCACUGGCGCAUCCUCAACGACUUAGCUGACUUCGCUAAGAGAGAAAGCAAGUUUGUUGAAGCAAAGAUUCUCUAUAAACUGAUCUGUAACAUCCAACCAUUUGCUCAUCAAGGAUGGCUUGACUACGCUAAGAUGGAGGAAGAGUGCGGUAACCAUGACCAGAUUGAGGAAAAGACUAAAAAUUAUGAUCAAGUCAGAAAACUCUUAGGAGCUUUGAAAGAUGUGCCUUUUGAGAAAUCAUUCAAGAUGAUUCUUGAAGGUGCAUAGUUUGAGGGUAGAAGUGGAAAUAAAGAGGGUGCAAGAAAAGCUUUCAAAUACUUACUGAAGCAAGGCUAAACAUACGGUCCUAUUUAUCUUGAAGCCUCAAAAUAUGAAGAGAGAGAAGGGGAACUUGAUAGAUCUAUUCAGAUAUGCGAGGAAGGUCUUAAGUAUAACAUUAAACAUGGCCCUUUAUGGUUUUAAUAUCUUAGACUCUAUGAAAAGUGUGGACUUGAUAGACCUACUCCUUUUGAAAACCUUGAUAAUAUAAUCAGACUAAUGUUUACGCACAUUCCAAAAGAACUCUCAUGGAAAGUAUACAUUGAAGCAGCUCAGACUUAUGAAAGAUUAGAUGAUAUUGAGGCAACAUUAGAUUUCCUUGAGUAAUCUUUAAUCACUUCUCAGUCACAACUGAAGUGGAAGGUAUGGUUGCUAGCAUCAAGAUUCGCUUACAGAUAAUAGAAAGUAGACUAGGCAAGAAAACUCAUAGAGAGAUGCUGCAUCUAAGUACCUCCUAAAUAAAUAUCUCUCGCUUUACUUGAAUAUGCCAAAUUCUUUGAGAUGGAAGGAUAAAUUCUGAGAGCAAGAUAGAUAAUGGCAAGUGCAAAGAAACUAGUAAGAGGCGAAUGGAAGAUCUGGUUUGAAGCAGUGAUGCUUGAAGUUAGAAACGGCUUUUUCCGAGAAGCUGAGGAUAUGGUAGUUACUUCACUUAAGGUUCAUAAUGCAACUGGAAGAUUAUGGGCAACUCUUAUUUAGUUAUAACAUGCUCGAUCUUAGACUAAAGAAGAGUUUGAUAAUACUUAUCGCACAUUUAUUAAAUCUCUACACGAGAUUCCUAAAUCUGGUGAAGUGUGGUGUGAAGGUGCUAGACUUCACAUGUCUCAACACACCAAUAAUUCGUACUACGAUUUGGCAAAGGCAAGGAAAUACCUUGAGUUCGCUAUUUAAUUCACACCAUAAUACGGAGAUUCUUUCCUUGAACUGAUGCGCUUGUAUCUGAUAACUGAAGAAAAGGAAAAAAUGGAGGAGCUAAAAUAAUACUGCAUCCACGCAGAGCCAAAUUAUGGCGUUCUAUGGUUCUACUUCAAAAACUCUAUCCUUGACAACGCAGUGUAAUCUAUUUACUUUAACCUAACAUUAUAUAGUGAUAUUUGGAAGAAUUCAAUCGACCAAAUGAGCUAAGAAAUGAAAGAGUCAAAUUUAGGCACAGAACCUCAGUGGAUGGGUUCUCAAAAGCUGAUCUAAAUUAUGAGGAGAGGAAUGAGAGACAGCUCCUUCGACGAGAAAGUUAAGAUAGUAUAUGGAUUCGAACAGGUGCUUCCCUAGAUCCCAUAUCUUUGA